UUUGCAGUCCCGAUGGAGAGACAUUUAAAACAGUGAUUUUUUCAUAUAAUCGAAUUGUAAAAAAAUGGGUGCUCUGGAAAAGGUUUUGUACGUCUUAGAUCUUAUCGCAGGCUUUGUUUUAACGCGGUUCCCGUACGUGUGCAUUUUAACGUUGCUUUUACAAGCUGGUCAAGAAAGGAUGAGACAGCCCGACACGUGGAUAGAGACGAUGCUUGAACCAACCUAUGUUCAUGCUAUGAUAUACUUUGUUUGUGGCGGGGGAAUGACAGUCGAUGCUACACGAAGAGCUGCGGGCUUUGCUGCAGCCGUUCAUACCGGAUAUUUCGCUGCAAUGUCACUCAUUCGACCACGUUUCUCACAGUGGAUAAUGAUUAAGGUAUUUGCAAGAAACAUUGCUUUAGCUGGUGGGUAUCUUUUGGUUGCUGGAGGACUUGUUGAAGGAAGGAACAUGUCAAAUCUACGACCAUCAUUGCUUCAACUUGGCCGCCAGAUGCAAGCCUUUUAUGCCAUCUUUAAUGGUUAUCUUUUAUGGGCAAGUCCUGCUGACAAAGCUGUGCAUAUCUCGCAUCUUCCUUUAGGAAAACCAGUAACUAUUUGUUUAACCAUUUUAUUUAUUCUCUGUGGUAUUAUGCUCUAUGGUGGAUUACAAGUGGCGUAUUUCUCUCGUCUGAUUGCAUGGAUGUUAGUUAUAGUGACUGUGUUUGUUGAGUUUGACACAAAAUAUUGGGGUAUUAGAGGCGUCAGAUACUGGGACCAGGUGCUCAUUGGUUCACAGAAUAUCUGUGCUAUAGCAAACUUGAUCAUCUUAGGUAGGAUUAGAGUGUGGUAGCUUUUCAACUAUUUCAUUGAAAGAAGCUGGUUGGCAAAUUAAUUUAUUUUAAUUAGUCUAUUACUUGCAUCAAGAGAAUAGUAAUGACCUUUGAAAUUUAGGGAUUUUUAACAACUUGAAAAUAAUGAAUUAAAGCAAGUCCCAUUUUGAAAAUGAAAUAUUUAUUCACAAGACACAAAUUACAUGAAAGUUAUACCU